AUGUCCAGUCAAUCUAUUGGAUUUGCCAACUUUGCCCUCGUUGCGGGUGUGAUUAUUGGACUGGCCACGAAUGGACCCCUGUCGGACUGGGUUUCAAUGCGUGCGACCAAGAAAAAAGGCGGUAUUCGAGAGCCAGAAAUGCGUCUGCCAACGAUGAUCCCCUAUGUCAUUAUCGCGAUAUUGGGUAACUUCAUUGUUGUGACUGGAGGGUAUAUCAUUGUGAUUAUCGGUUAUACAUGUAUCGGAAUUCAGGUCGCUGCAUUGCCUGCCAUUACGAGUACCUAUGCCGUCGACAGCUACAAGCCUGUUGUCGGCUCCAGCUUCGUCGCAGUUACUGUCAACAAGAACCUCUGA